GGGAAUAACGUUAUUUGUUUUCUUGUUCGUUGGUUUCAUAUUGCUCUUAUAUGGACCCUAUCGUUGUUCAUUCGCCAGUAGCAGCACGUCCCCGGACGCAGAGAUUAGCUUCAUCUCACUCUUCGCUUUCAGACUUUUCUUGCCUACUGUCCCUCACAAUUCACUUUGACGCCCUCUAGCGAUGCCGCAGACGCUCACUCUGCCUCCCCCCGUUAUCUUCGAGUCUGACGAUGUAUCUGAAUCUGGCUCAGUCUUAACCAGCCAACGAUUUCCCCACACCCGUGCCCAACUAUUAGUUAUAAUUCGUCAGCAGAAGGGCGCUGCAGACGGCUUCGAUGGUGAUGGAGACGUAGAUGAAUCAAUCCGCAUCAGCACCUCUUUUGUGACGAAAGUAGCAGGCUUUCUUGCUAAUGAGCAAGAAGAUGAACUUAAAGAAUCAUUGAAGACUACUUGUGGGGUAGAAGACGACAUGCUUGAACAACAUGUCUUAGAUUUGAUGCAUAGACACCACGACGACGUAGCAGGCGUUCCUUUCCUUUUCUUGACUCCAACGCGACGACCAUCUCGACCCUCUUCUCGCGCUUCCACCCACUCUGCUGCUCGGUUCAUUCCAAACAGGCCAGAUACCCCCAGUUCAGUACCCAGUUCUCCUCUUGCUAUCGGUUUUCGUAGGCCACAUACACCUGCUGGUUCUCCUCUUGUCGCUGGAAACGCAACCUCAUACAUGACUGCACGUAGCGUUUCGCCCAUGAACUCUCCAACACUGGCGCAUGCUCAAGCGCAAGUUCAUCCUCAAUUCACUUCAAGCCUUCCAUCAUCACCAAUAAGCUCUCCUCGACUUUUGAGCGCAAAAGCAACCGAAUUCAAACCUAUACCCCGGCCCCUAUCUGCAGCUGCAGCUUCGUGCACCCCCGGAACCCUUUCUGGCUACAGAACCGAGACACCGUCUCCUGACUUGUGGUCCCAUACCCAGCUCAGAGCAACUUCUAAUCUCGCCAUCGCUGCGCCGUUGGUGCCGGACAAUUCUUUGCAGCCCCGGGCUGUAACUCCAAGCUCCCUCCGCUCGUCCCUUAGACCAGGAGAAGAAGACGAAGAAGACGACCCAUUCGACCCCUUCGCGCCCAAGACAGCAUCCAACUCCUUCCAUCCAAUUACGAUCACUGACUUUGACCAGUGGAUGGAUAGUACCUCAAUCUCACCCGAUGAUCCACUUGCACAAAGUUACUACCAGCAGGGCGAUGACUAUGACCCGCAGUUCGAUGGGUCAGUCGACGACGUGGAGGGGACAGGGUACUUGACAGAUGGGAUGACACCCCUUGAUGUGCUUAGCUCGGUGUUCGGAUCCACCCUUGCGCCAUCUGAGCUGGAAGAUGCACUUUCUCAGAACGGUUAUGAUUUCGACCGUGCUAUGGCAUGGCUUAUUGAUCGCGCUCUACCUUCUCCACCUCAGCACAGCCAACCUCGUAUGCAGUCCAUGGGAGGACGAGUGACGUUAGUUGCUAGGGAUGGUAGCGCCGGUGUGCAUGGAGGACGCGGAGGCUUCCAGCCCGCCCGAGGUUCUACCAGAGGCAAUGGACGGCCCGUCCCGGGAGGAAAUAGGGUUUGCCGCUAUUACCUUGCGGGUGAAUGCUUGCGCGCCGAUUGCCGCUUCAGCCACGACCUAGAGAGAGCCCUCUGCCGAUUCUGGUUGCGUGGGACCUGUGCCAAACAGGAUCAAUGUGAAUUCUUGCAUCACCUUCCUAAAGACGUUGAUGUGGCUACUGUGACUGGCGCACUUUCACGGACCAGUAUCAGCAGCUCUAGUACCCGCACUGCAAGCCCUCCACCUGAUGAGUUCCCAGCUCUCGGAUUCGAUGCGUCUCGUAAUCGGAGAGGUUACGGCGGCGCCCGUGAUGGCCAUUGGCAACACGAUCCUGGUCGCACGAGAUUUUCAGCGGCCGUAAAGAGACCAGCUCCUGCUCAAGUGCCAGUGGACCGCACAACGGCCACUCGUCAGCCAAUCUCAUCCAAUGCAUCUGUGGAUAACCUGCACAUUCGCACCUCGAUCGUGGCUCCCAAGCCAUCGCCUCGCAUCAAGUUACGUUCCCCGGCACUAUUGCCCACGCUACCUACCGGGGAAUCGAUCAAUGCUUUAUAUAUGUCAUAUCGAUCUCGAGCACUGCAACUGGGUGCCGCUCGGAAUGCGUGCUUAUCCCGGGCCGCCGAUGCAUGGAGGCGUGGUGAUGGUGCCGCAGCCAAACGAUUUAGCAGGGAGGGUCACGAUCUCAAUGCUAAAAUGGGCAAUGAGAUGACGACAGCCGCUAGUAAACUUGUCAGAGAACGUGCAAAAGUUGCUGAACAAGCUGUGAAGAGCCGAGAUCUUGGCUGGUCUGAUGAUGCCGGAGACCGAACUGCCCGUGGCCGAACCUGCGGAGGAGGUUUGGGAGUAUGUUUAGGCAUAGCCGCCACCACCGUAGGCGGUGAUUCGAAAUUGACGUCUGAAGAGAGGACUGAAUCUAUGCUCGACCUCCACGGUUUACAUUCGAAUGAGGCAACGGAUGUUCUCGAGGAAUUCUUGCUUGCUCUCGAGCGGGAACAUUUCCUUGGUCUUGCUUUCCUUAUUGUCGGAGAAGAAAAACACACUGGAACACAGGACGCAGCGCGUGGUGCCUCGCGGGCCCGCCUCGCUGCAGGUGUGCGAGAAUGGCUCCAUCGGUGGGGUUAUCCUUGGAGCGAGCGCGACGGCAUCAUCUGUGUAGAUUCUCUUACUCACGGAUGAGGACGCCGUUGGUGCAAUCUCCGUACCACCGGAGCUGAUAGAAUGACCCUUUUGCUAAGACUGGUAUUUGCUUUGAAAUGGAACGCUGUGAAGGAUAAUGUGUUAUUAGGCAGAUCUAUUGAAGGGUGUAUGAUUGUACAAACUAGGGCAGAAAAUGUGAUUUCCUUUUCUUUCGUCUUAUGUCGUGU